AGCCUCUGUGUUGCAGCAACAGGCCAGUAGGCAAGGUGGCACUGCACUUGGGCCAGACUUCCUUUUGCUUAUGGAGCAUGCAGCAGCCCCAGGCCCCAGGCCGGAGCCCCCACCCUGGGCCACUGAGAAUGUUCUGCGGCAGGCCGAGGACUGGACAACCAGCCUCAAGACAGAGCUUCCCUCAGAUCUACAACUGAGUGAGGAGCAGCGGCUGCAGAUCUCCAAGGAGUUGGUUGACCUGCAGAUCACAACGCAUCACUUGAGGGAGCAACACGAGGCUGAACUCUUCGAGCUGAAGAGUGAGGUCCUGCGGCUGGAGAGCCGGGUGCUGGAGCUGGAGCUGCAUGGAGAUUGUGCAGCCCCGGCAGAGGCUGACCUGGGGCGCCGCCAGAAGCUGGCACAGGGGCUUGGGCACAAGGCUCAGGAGCAGGUACACUCCAUCCACCACAGACCCCAGGUCACCCUAAGUGCAUGGAGGGCCUGGCUGGGUGGAUUGGGCGGCGGGGAGCCAAACGGGGGUGCACAGGGGCGCAGUGAGGUUGGGACCGGCUCUCCUGUACAGGCACAGCCUGAGGACUUAUUGACCCCUAAGACCGAACAACAGAAGCUGGGGAACAGUGUGAGCGUGCAGCUCCCUAGCCUGGGAAUUAGUGCAGAUCUGUCCCAGCCCAGGGUGCGGCUGGGCAAUGCCAGGGACCCAGAGCUUGGGGUCUCAUUCAGCCAGCCCUUGUGUACCCGGCAGCUACAGGGAGAAUGGCAGCGAGUGCUGGAGCAGCACAGGGCCCAGAAGCAGGCGCUGGAGACCCUCGUGGCAGAUCUGGGUCGGCGGCUGCAGGGAGCCCGAGAGGAGGCCAAGAUAGCUGGGCAGCGACUGGCCACACAAGCCAUGGUAUUGUCUGCCUGCCAGGGCCAGCUCCGCCAGGCUGAGGCGGAGAACGCCCAGCUGCAGCUGCAGCUCAAGAAGCUGAACCAAGAGUAUGCCAUCCAGCUGCAGCGAUGUGCCCAAGCCGUGGCCGAGUCUGCAAAGCGCACCGGCCAGGUGCCCGAAGCCGCAGCCCUUAGGACGUUCCUGGAGAGCACUCUGGAGGACAUCCGGGCAGCACACCGCAGCCGUGAACAGCAGUUGGCCCGGGCUGCUCGCGCCUACCGCAAGCGCCUGGCAGAUCUGAGCCGUAGACAUGAGGAGCUGCUGGCCAACCACAGUGUGCAGCAGGUGCCGGCAGACCCCAGUGGGGCACCCUGGACCCCCAAGGCUACCUUUGAUGCAGCCACCUCAGACCUGGAGCCACUGCCUCUCCACCUGGUCACCGAACUCAGUCACCUACCAGAGAACCAGGCCAGGCUGGAGACCAAGCUUUGGAAGCUCCAGGCCCAGCCUUUCCAGUCCAAUGGGCUCAUGACGCUGCUCUUGUUCCUACAGAAGGGACCCAGUGGAGCCUCCCAGGGGAGCACAUCAGAGCCACAGGGCCAGGAACCUGCCUCCUGGGCCCAGAUCCACCAGAAGCUCCGGGACUUCUCCCGUGGCACCCAGGCAGAGCUGGAACGUGAGCGGGCAAAGCUACUAGUCCGGGCCACGAUGGCUGAGGAGCAACUUUCUGAGCUACAGGACUAUGUGGACCAGCACUUAGGCAGGUACAAACAAGAGAUCCUGAGGCUGAGGAAGCUAAUGGGUACAGAGGAUGUCUGCAAAGUGGGGGCCACCCCUCCAGUCAAGCCCCAGCACUCCAAGACCCACAGCCGCUAGCCAGCUGUCAAAUGCACUCAGCAGAACUCUUCGCAGCCGGCAUGGAACCCUCCUCACAGCACCCCCUUGCCGGCAGAGGUCAUGCCACCCAACCCUCCACCUAACAAGAGUCAGUACGU